UCGAUCAUGAACCCCUCUCAUUUUAAGUACGGAAGAUGUAACGUGCAAUCGCGAGAAGAAGCGAACUUUUAUAAAAAAUCUAUGAAUCUAGUCCAAGUGAAAAUAGUGACAACUUUAGACGAAUUAUCCACGCGUGUUAUCUCACGCAAAUCAACCUAUUCCACGUAGUGCAUCUCGUGCUCCACGACCUCCACGUAUCUCAUAUGUGCUCAUAUGUGUCAUGCACGCGUGCGUACAUACACAAACGUACAAAUGUCAUAUAACUCACGGAUAUAACGGGAGACAGCAGACAGCCUGAAACUCUAAAAUAUCGCAUUGACGAGAGUAAAACCGUAUAUUUUUCGUACAUCGAAUCAUCAGAUGUUUACGCCUCAUGCAGCACGUAGACGUACAAAUGUGACUCGAGAACAGUGAAGCUUCAGCUGUGCGAUUUGAGUCGUCACUUUUAUCACGGUGUAAUUAAUGUUGCGACAAGCCGGUCGCAUCAGCGACUUUUCAAUGCUGAAAUGAAUUCCGAGACUAAUAGUAAAAUGUUUUAUCGGCUCUUCCUAGCGAUCUUGCUUUUCCAUCUGCAAGUGGGAGGAAAUUAUUUUGCAACUAAUUCAAAGAAAAAUGAUCAAUGUUUCUGCGAGCUGAAAGGAUCUGUAGACGAUUGUGCUUGCAACGUUGAUACUGUGGAUUAUUUUAAUAAUAUGAGAAUAUAUCCAAGAAUUCAAAGUCUUCUAGUCAGAGAUUAUUUUAGAUUUUACAAAGUAAACUUAAAGCAGGAUUGUCCAUUCUGGGCAGAUGAUAGCAAAUGCGCUAUACGCUAUUGUCAUGUAUUACCCUGCCAAGAUGAUGAUAUUCCUGAAGGUUUAAAGGGAGAUGUUCCAAGAAAUAUUCAUCUUAAUGAAAGCCCAGUAGAUAAAUAUAAAGCCAAUGCACAAAUUAAUGACUGUACAAAAGAUCAUAAUAUAGAACUUGGUUUCCUGAACACAACAAUUAGUUCAGAAAACUAUAAAGAAUUUGAACGAUGGCAACGGCAUGAUGAUGCCCAAGAUAAUUUCUGUGUAAAAGAAUCUAGUCCUGGAGAAUAUGUGGAUCUUUUACUUAAUCCUGAAAGAUAUACCGGAUAUAAGGGAACCAGUGCACAUAGGAUAUGGCGAAGUAUUUAUAUGGAAAAUUGUUUUAGGCCUGAAAAUUCACCUCACAUUUUUAUACAAUCUUCUAAGAUAAAUGGAAUGUGUUUAGAAAAACGAGUUUUUUACCGAGUUAUAUCCGGCUUGCAUGCCAGCAUCAAUAUACAUUUGUGUUCAAAAUAUUUAUUGGUCGCGCAAGAUAGCUUGCAAGUGUCACCUGACAAACAAUGGGGUCCCAACUUGGAUGAGUUACAAAGAAGAUUUUCUCCUGAAACAACAGGUGGCGAAGGUCCAAACUGGUUAAAGAAUUUAUAUUUUACUUAUUUGCUCCAACUGAGAGCUCUGGUCAAAGCUGCACCUUAUUUGGAAAGAGAAGAAUAUUAUACAGGUAACGAAGUGGAUGACGAGGAUACAAGAUUGGCUAUGAACGACAUAUUAAAUGUUAUUAGAUCAUUCCCAGUACAUUUUAACGAAACAGUUAUGUUUACCGGUGGAGCAGAGGCACAAUUGUUGAAGGAAGAAUUUAGACAACAUUUUAUAAAUAUUUCACGUAUUAUGGAUUGCGUAGGAUGCGACAAAUGUAAGCUAUGGGGUAAAUUGCAAAUCCACGGUCUGGGCACUGCGUUAAAAAUAUUAUUCUCAGGAAAAUUUGAUAAAUGGGAAUCGACUCUUAAUAAUUUUAAACGAAAGUCAUUCUUCUUAGAAAGAAGUGAAAUUGUUGCUUUGGUGAAUGCUUUUGGAAGGUUAUCAGAAAGUAUUUUUGAACUAGACAGAUUUCGCAGAAUGAUGAGAUAACGUACUAUCGAUUUGUAAUUAGGGAUCUCCAGUACCAUUACGAAACAUCACUAAAACACAUCACGUCGCACAGAUUUUCUACUUUUAUUUUUUGUUUCCUUAUUUACAAAGUACAGAUUUUAUUGCAUCUGACAUAUUUUAGUACGCGUUUAUGUUAUAAUAUAAAUUUUUGAUGCGUAUUUUUAAUUCAAAUUAUUAAAACUAUAUAUUUUACAUUAUACAUUAUAAUUAAAUAAUUUUGAUCGUAUUUUAGAGAUCUACUCUUAUAUAGAUAUCCUUUCUGAACAAAAGAGGUAAAGCAUAAGUUGUUUCUUUGGAACUUUUUCAAUACUCUUUCUUGAAUAAUUUUUUAAACUAUAUAAACGUUAGUUUUAAUUGUCAGCUGCAAUUAAGUUUGUACUUUAGUUAUUUGUAAUUAUCUCUUCCGAUUCUAUAGGAAAACUGUACAUACAUACAUACAGAUAAAUAGGCGUAAUAUAUAAUUAUAAUAGCUAAGGAUCGAGAUUGCACCAGUGUUUAUUCAUGUGAAUAACUCAGUUUUCUUCCUAUAUCUUAAGACUAUAAUAAAAAGAAACUGAGAAUUACUAAUCAAGCUUAGAGGAAAAAAGUUAUUAGUACUCAAAUGAUUAUCAUACGAAGAAGGUGGUUAGAUAUAUUUAUCUUGUAAGACUGGCGUGCGAAUUGAUAUUUUCUUCCGAUUUGUAUUAUAGCUUUUGACUCCGUCUGUGAUAAAUAUUUUAUCUAAGGCAAACUAUUUACAUAACUUAAAUUUAUUACAUUAUUCUUUGAAGUUGGGGUUUUGUUUAUACAAUACAUAUUUUUAUAAUCGUUGUGACAAACUCUUAGAAGAGAAUAUUUCAUUAUUUAUAAAGGUAUAGAAUGUCAUAGAACUAUUGUAUACAAAUAUAUCAAUACUUAACAUAAAAAUAAUACAAUUUUCGAUAUAUGUAUAUGGCUUGUGCAAUAAUCUGGAUUAUACUUGAAAAUUUUUGCAUGUUUAAGUUUUAUUCAUAUUGGAACAAAGCUUGCGAUAUGCUAUAUUGAUAUUUUAUAGGAGCAAUAUAACAUGGUCAUGAAUGAGCAAAGAAAAAUAAAUUUGAAUACAACAUUCAAGGACUUUUCCAUAUUUCUAAUGUAAUUUCUCAGUUCUUUGUUUAAUCGAAUCUCGCGCUGUCUAGGAUUUUGGAUCUGAAGUAAGCUAUGACUUUGAAUUUCAACCGAUUUUCUGUAUGUUGAAGUAUGAUUUGUAAAAAAUAAAUUUUAUUUUCAAGAAAA